GCCCCCUCGGCUCCAUGCAGAUCACGUGACCGUCUGUGUCCACAGCAGUCAACACGGACGCGUCGCUCCUGUUGUUCUUAACGAGAGGAAGACUGCAGUCACAGACAAUCCGUGAUGGACUCCAGGUCUCGGAGACUUCCUUUUUGUCUGCCCAGCUCAAGGCCGUCCUACACAUCCAGUCCGACGGUGUCCUCGUCAUCACUCGGAUCCAGCCGGUUGUACAGCAGGGAGACGGUGCUGAAUAAUGACCGCUUCCCGAGGGCGUCGUCGGCUUACAAGGCGGACCUGGACCACCAGAGUUCUCGCCUCCUGAGCUCGUCCAGAGACUACGGCAGCUCUGACAGUCGCUCCACCAGCUGGAAGUUGCCCUCCUCUCUGACAUCCUCCAGUCGAUCUUAUGAUCGCCCGUGGGCUGAAUCCUCCCUCAGCAGCAGGAGCAAACUGACGGAUACUGAGGAGAGGUUGGGGAUGCGCUCCGGUCUAUUGAACGUCACUGAUGAUGGCGAUUCUAAAAGGGCCAAACUGUCGUACAGCAACAGAGGACUGUACUCCAGAACUGCCAGCAGCCCCGUUACAGGAUCCACCUACUCCAGUUCUGGCCUUAGCAGUAGCAGAGGUACAGGUGCAAAACCAAACGACCCUUGCGAUUCGUCGUGGAGCUCGUGCCGUUUUCUCUCGCGGUCGUCCUCUUCCUCCUCCAACCCGCUGCUGUCCAGGAGAGAGCUAGAGACCAAGCACGAGCCCGGGCUCUCAGGGUUGGGAGAAAGAAGGCUCAGGACUCCUGGAUCGGCUUCCUCAUUGUAUCAGGCAGACAGGGUGACCUCCACAUAUGCGCAGGGAGCUCGGCCUAAAGAGAGCGCCUACUAUCCCUCCUUUUCUUCCUCUUCCUCAUCCUCCUCCUCCUCCUCCGCUGCUAGAGAAAGCUCCCUGAAUCGCCACCUCUCACCUUCCACCUCCCAGCGCUCCUCUCCGCUGGUGCGCGACUACACCAACAGAACCACGUCCCGCUACUCAUCCACCCUCCACUCAUCUCAGGAACAAACAAGGAGCCCCGACUCCCCUUCAAAUAUCUCCUCCCCGUACGCCUCAUACACCUCCAGGUACGCCACUCCACUGCCCAGGCCAGAGGCCACGCUCCCUCCAAGGCCGGCCCCCGAAGGCGGGGAGCCAGACGGCCGCAGCUCCACUCGACGCCUUUUGUCCCGUCUGUUUUCGCGGCGCUCCAGCCAAGACUCUUCCAGUGGGUCUUCCAGUGUUCGCUCCCUCGAUGAUGACAGCCCGUCCACCGAGUCUGUGGACAGCGACGAGGGGACCAGGGUGUCUAGUGUGGAGGCUGCUGACCCCGGAGGGUCGGAGUCGACCUUAGGUAGCCUCAGGCAUCAUAGAGCGGACCUGGCCCCUAUCCAAGAGAACAACGAUGGCUAUCGUAGCGGCCUGACUCAGGCAAGAACGCCAUCGUGGAGAGAGCCCGCCGUCGGCAGUAGUAAUAGCAGCAGCAGCAGCAGCGGCAACGGGGGAGGCAGCAGCUACUCCUGGCUCUCCUCCUCCCUCCGCGGCCGCUGCCCUCCCCUCCUCUCUCGCCUCAGGAGACACGCUCGGGGCGAGAGUGCGCACACUGCUGCCGGCUUAGAAGAAGGCCAAAGCCGUCCGCAGCAUUUACUGAGAAGGUGGGAUGAUCUCGAGCAUAAAGCUACGGAGGAGGAUGAUGAUGAUGAUGAGGAGGAGGAGGAUGAGGAAGAGGAGGAGGAGGAGGAGGAGGAUGAUGAUGAAGGAGCGGUUGGUGUAGAGGCCUUUGGAGCAGGUCAUCCCCGCAGACUCGAGGAUGUGGCGUUACCUGAGCUUGAAGAUGCCUCGGCUGCAUUUUCUCCACGCCGCAGAGUUGGAGUUUACAACAACAUUUUGGGUUCUUUGGGGCCCCUCGGUGCUGCUGAGAGCCAGCUGGAGAAACCCGUCUCCAGUGUGGAUCAGGAGAAGCUGCGCAAGAUCAAGGAGAGACUGCUGCUGGAGGAUUCUGACGAGGACGAAGGCGACCUGUGCCGUAUCUGCCAGAUGGGGCAGGAAUCUGCUUCCAACCCCCUGAUCAAGCCGUGCCGCUGUACAGGCAGUCUGCUGUACGUCCACCAGGACUGCAUCAAGAGGUGGCUCCGCUCCAAAAUCGGCUCAGGCACAAACCUCGAGGCCAUCACAACAUGCGAACUCUGCAAGGAGAAACUGCGUUUGAACAUAGACAACUUUGACAUACAGGAGUUAUACAGGACCCAUGUCCAAUCAGAAUAUGACGAGUUCAUCAGCAGCGGCCUUUAUCUGGUGGUGCUGCUGCAUUUCUGUGAGCAGAGGUUCUCCGAUGUCCUCGGAGCAGUCGAUGCCGCUGGGUUAUUCAACCUGGUGAGAAUUCUUCAUGAACACAUGGACAACCUUGAAAUUCCCCACGGGGAAAGUGACGACGAGCUGCGAGACAACAGACCGUCUAUCGAGUUCUCUGACCUGGACGACGAUCUGGAAGAGGAGUACUAAUUAUGUGGAAGUGGUGGAUGGAGGGUAAAAAAAAAGAAAAGAAAAAAAGUGGGUCACUCCAUGCCAUAUGGUAGCUCACCCAGUUUUCACACAUGCAUCGACAUAGUCAUGUUCAUUUGAAAUGCAACGGCAGUGACUAAUGCCAAAUGCACGGAACAUGUCUGGCCUUUUGUUGCUGGUUGCUUUUGCAGAUAUGCAAACUCUAAAUGAACUAGUGCGUAAAAAUAUUUUGGUUUGUCGCCACUGUAUUUCUGUUUCUGUGAGAGUGCACUUUAUUCAGUUAUAAUUAAAUGAAAGAUGCAAGUCUUUUUGAACCACAAGUGCUUUAAUGUUAUAAUAAAAAGGCAAGAAUUGAAAUAGCAUAGAAGGACAACAGUGACAAGUGUCACUUUGUACUUGGCGGGGAUGAAAUUGUGACGAUAAAAUGGAUGCUUUUGUGUUAUUUCCUGUUUUUCUCCAACUUUUACCACUGAAAAUAUGUUGAAAGUAAAACACGAGAACUUUACCCAAUCAAACAAAUGUUCUUCGUCUUUGUUUGUGUUUGAAAUGCUUUAUGUAUGUACAAAUCUAGUUUCAUGCCUUUUGGAAAUAAAGAUUAAAUGCA